AUGAUAAUGUCCAGUCUCUUGUAUCCCCUGAUGAUGUGGAUCAUAGAGAUGCUAUUGGUCGAGGUAUCGAUGUCAGCAAAGGGUUCACAUUUACGGAAGUAAACUCUAUUAGAGCAAGCGCAAGCAAGGUUACAAGCUGUCACUUCUCAUCAGAUGGGAAGUUUCUUGCUAGUGGGGACCAUGAUAAAAAGGCUGUAUUGUGGUACACAGAUACAUUAAAGCCAAUAAGUGUGCUACAAGAACAUUCAGCUUUUAUAACUGAUGUUCGUUUUAGUCCGAGCAUGCCACGUCUUGCAACGUCUUCAUUUGACAAGACUGUCAGGGUUUGGGAUGCCAACAAUCCUCGUUAUCCUCUCCGUACCUUUAUGGGACAUUCGGCCUCUGUUAUGUCAUUAGAUUUCCACCCAAAUAAAGAUGACCUCAUCUGUUCUUGCGACGUGGAUGGUCAGAUACGCUACUGGAGUAUUCACAAGGGCAGCUGCUUGUGCGUGUCUAAGGGUGGUACGGCACAAAUGAGAUUUCAACCCCGUCUUGGAAGAUUUCUUGCUGCAGCCGCAGAGAAUGUUGUAUCUAUACUGGAUGUUGAGACUCUGACUUGUCGGCAUUCUUUACAGGGGCAUACUAAGCCUAUCCAUUCUGUGUGUUGGGAUCCUUCUGGCGAAUUCCUUGCAUCUGUCAGCGAGGACUCUGUAAGAGUUUGGGCACUUGGAGCGGGAGGCAAAGGGGAAUGCGUUCAUGAGUUAAGCUGCAACAGAAAUAAAUUUCAUUCAUGCGCUUUCCAUCCUGCAGAUACUUCACUGCUGGUCGUUGGCUGUUAUCAGACACUGGAGUUAUGGAACAUCACAGAGAACAAGACAAUGACUCUACCAGCACAUGAAGGACUCAUUGCUUCUUUGGCGGUGUCAACUGUUACAGGUUUGAUUGCUUCGGCUAGUCACGAUAAGUUUGUCAAGAUCUGGAAGUGAAAUGGUUGUUACUCUGAUCAAAGAACUUUGACUGACUUGUAUUAUUAUUGUUGUUGUUGUAUUCCUGUUACUAUAUAAUAAAGUUAAUUAAAAGUCUAUUUUGAUGCUUCA